AUGGGACAGCAAGGCAGUAUCAGCGAACCGGCCCCGUCCUUUGCGGAUGUGUGUGGUGCGCUGGAAGCCGGUGAGCGAGUGACCAGUUCCGAAAGCUUGGAUUCGAACCAGCCCAAGAUUCCGGACAAGUUCCAGCGACUAGCGCUGCUCGGUCAUCUGGAGGUGGAUGCCGAAAUCGCCCGUGGCAUUUCCUUGCGAGAAUCCCUUCGGCAAGGAGGGCGGCUGUGGCUGACCUGUCCUGCGAACUUGGAUGAGAAGUCCCGUGCGGCUCUGUGGAAUCGGUCCCGGCCAGUCAAACAGUUCGACGUCUUCCUCUCUCACACAUGGAUGACGGCGGGCAGGUGUAAGCUAUUGUCCCUCUUGAUGCAGUCGGGCUCGCACAAGGUACUCUUUGUUUGGGUACUCGGGGUAGGUGCUACAGCCGCGCUCAGUCUGCUUGGGCUCCUCCCUUCCCCCUGGACGUUCCAAACGCGUGUAGAGGGCCUCGACGUCUCAAUCCGUUUCGGUCCAUGGAUUCUGCUUGCGAGCUUUCUGGCAACCUUCCUGGGUCUCGUUUCAGCACCUUACUUCCCGAGCACACGCCGUCAGUCUGACGUUUGCUUCGUGGAUGUGGCCAGCAUACACCAAUCAGAUAAGGAUCUCAUGGAGAGGGGUAUCUACGGCAUAGGAUUGUGGUGCGUGUUUGAACUGGCCGCAUUUCGGACGGCAAACCCCAGUGGGAAAAUUACUUUGUCUCCACUUUUUGUGGAGACGAUCGUCGUGAUGAUUUUGCUUAUGCAGUAUUUCUACCUGGCAAUCUGGUGGGGUCUCAGGACCUUGCGCGGAGAGGUUUGCUUCCAUCUGUCUCAUGCUUUAGGCGUCCUGCCUAGCUUCGUCAUGCUGCAUGUGCUUCGCAAAGUCCAUGUGGUCAAGCACACGCUCUUUUCGAAGCUGGAAAGCUUCGACAUCAGUGAGGCGCAGUGCACCAGCGAUUUCGACAAGAACUUCAUCCGCACUGCAAUCGUCCAGUGGUAUGGCAGCGAGGGCGCCUUUACCGACUUCGUCCGCGGCCCGCUGAGACAGGAACUGGGGGCCAGUGCACAUUGCUGCACCUUCCUCGACUAUGAGCUGCUUCUGCUGUCGCCUGUGGCUGCCUCCGUCUUGACAGUGAUCUGCGGGGCUUGGUUGGGGGGCCUCCCCCAUCCUGCCAUUGCAGUUCAGAUGGUUUCUUCAAUCAGCCUCGGGCUUGUUUGGGGGCGGCUGAGCAUCAAACUGAGCCUCUGGCUCUGCGAUCGCUUCGCCCAGCCCCGGUGGAGCGAUGCCCGCGACUACCUGCAGACGCUGCUGGUCUUUCUUAUCUUUGCGGCGUUUGUCUUCGCUGCAACGGUGCUGGCCAUGACCGCGAAAUCGCAUGGCCGCAUCAUCCGAUCGUCUUUGCCCACCCUCGUUCACGAACAGCUCCCACCGUUCCCAGUGCAGUCUGAAGGCCUCCCUGGCCUUCCUUCUCUUCGGCCUUCUCAGCAGCUGCUUCUCCUCGAGGAUCGCGAGGAUGAGUUGGCGACUCUGAGCGAGGAUCUUGGCCUCGGGGUCUAG